UGAAAUAUUUCUGUCAAAAUGGCAUCGCAGCACAAAAUUCAGGCGUACAUGGACAAGCACAGAAUUGAAGUCAUGUUUGAGGAUUUAAUGAAUAAAGUAUUGAGAGACAUGCCAGAAGACCCUAAUAUAUAUCUCCUACGUGCCUUGUAUAAAAAAUCAGGCAUGGAAAUUCCACAGGAAAUUCGUUUUGGAGGUAUGAGAAAAAGUACAGACUUCGGGAGAUCUCGUACACCAGAUAGAGGAAGAAAAGGUCAUACAUCGUCCAGUACAGAUGAUGGUUUAAACCGAGCCUAUGAUAAACCAUGGAAGACCUCACCUUCACCUAAUAGAAGAUCUGGUACUAAACCUAAACUAGACGACCAAAGACCUGUGAAGAGAAAUGGUCAGAAAUCUGAUUGGAAUACUGAUGUAAGGGUUAAAUCUACCUCCUUUGAUGAUUUAUUUGAAGAUCAGAGUCAGCCACGUAGAGAGGUUCCCAUAGCAACCAAAAAACGUGACCAGUCCCCUGAUAAGCGCACAUCCUGGGCAUCCAUUGGCUUUGGCAGUGAAAAGACAAACGUGUAUUCUAGUAAUAACUACUCUGGUCCUAGAGGUUCACGUUUCCAUGACGAUGACCCCUUAGCUAAUGAACUUCGACCUGUAGCAUCGUCACAGAGUGAAAGCAGGUCACAGAGAUCACAAGUGAACUCAAGUGGCCAUAUAAAAGGACCAAGAGUGUCAGCUAAGAAACAUCGUAAAGAUCUUCAGAAGCUCCUGAACAAGUCAGAUGAUUCAGGAUAUGAUGCUGAUGACACACCUGCUCAAGCUGAAGAUGAUGAGGCCAUAGAACUAUUAGAGGAUUCUGAAGAACUAUUAAAAGAAGGAGCUCGAAAUGUUUCUAAAGAAGGUUUUAAACUCAGUCGGGUAUCUAGACAAAGAAUUAUUGAACCCAAAGUUAAGCUUAACAUCAAUUUUAAUCCCUUAUCAUCAGUCUACAGUAGUUCUAAUGAUAUAGGCAAGUCUCCAGGAUUCAACGUCGAUGAUUCUGACACUGAAGACAGGCCCCAAACAGGAAGAAGAGUUCCACUAGAUUCUGAUGACGAAUUUGAAAGUAUAUCACAAGUUACUGGACCUAGAGAACCAGUUUGGAAAUUACGCGAUCCAGCAGACUCAGAUGUUGAAACCUACGCAGUGAAAGUCCAACCUAUGACAGUUAAAUCUGGUCGCCAUAGUUACGACAGUAGAUUGUCAGGUAGAAAAACCAAUAUGGCCUCCACUCUCCCUGUAAGAUUUAGUACUCAGAGUGGUAGUGAUUUCCUUUCAAGAGGUGGACAGACGUGGACUGGUGGAUUGGAUGAAGAGAGAGGUGGUUGGGAGGUACCUUAUGAUUCUGAUGGAAGCCAAACAGAUCUCACUCAAACUACAAGAAGCAAGCCGUCUCGGGAUCCUAGAGCUGGGUUGACUGGAAUAUUGAGUGAAGAUGACUUAUUCAAGGCCAUCGGACUUUCAUAUGCCGAUCGAGAUCAGAACCCACAGCAGCCAUUUGUUCGACGUAACCAAGCAAAUGACUGCAUGUCUAACCGAACCAUUGUUUCACUUAUAUUUGGGUUUUUUAACCACUUCCGACAGUGUUUUGAAUGA